GGCACGACGAGUCGCUGGCCUCGCGCUCAUGGCGUCAGCUGCCUCUGCCUUCCUCGCCCCCUCGCCCUCGCCCUCCCUCUCGCUUCGUCUCCCUCUGUCUCAGAAUGCUCUGGUCAACCGCUCUCCUUUGAAGGUCUCCAUGUGCGACGCGAACAGCGCGGGUACCAGAGCUGACGAGAUCAGGUCAGUGCUUGCGGAGCUUUUGGAGUUUCGCAGCCGCAUCGUGGAGAAUUCGACAUCUCUGGCAAAGAAAGUGAAAGCAAAACCCAAAGACCUCAACAAGGCGUUGGAAGAGCACCCGGACAUCAUCAAGAUCGAUCAAGCAAGGGAGCAGCUUGAAGCUGAGCUGAAGCAACUCACCAAGGACUGAGGGGUGGGGAGAGAAACCAUACAGAGAGGUGAUGUAGAGUUGACAGAGAGCAGAAGAUAAUAAAGAACGCGUUGAAAA